GGCGGCGACUGGCACGAAACGUCCCUCCUGAAUCAAUGCGUUGCCUGGCUAUCCAGACGAAGGUUCUUCUGUCGGUGCCUUACUCAUUUAACUGGAUUCUCAUCACACUACUUUCGAACCCAAAUCAUUUACCUAGUUGGUUCUGAAUAUUUGUGCGCGAAUUUUGGUUUCGCUGUCACCCUUCGAUUCGGCAUCUGUUAUUUUAUCAUCGUCUGAAAACCUGCGGUUUGGAAUUUACCAUGGCUACUUACCAUCCCAUCAUUAUCGGUUUAACGGCCCUAUUCUUCUUCGCAACCCUGCAUUCAGCCAACUGUCUUCACUGCUGGGACUGCAACUCAGCGUACGAUCCACGAUGCGGAGACCCAUUCGAUAACCAUUCCAUCGCCAUGGUCGACUGUAGCCAGAUGUCUUAUCCGCAUUUAAGUGUAAAGGAAGCCACCCUAUGCAGAAAAACUACGCAAUCAGUCAACGGAAACUUGCGUGUGGUCCGCAGUUGUGGUUGGCUCAACUCAAGCAACGAAGACGACGGUAAAAGCUGUUUCAAACGGUCCGGUUCACAAGACGUCUUCCUCACCCAUUGUACGUGCUCCGGCGACGGCUGCAACGGGUCUCCAUCUCUGAUGCCCACCGCCCUACUUACCAUUCCCGUCCUCUUAACUGUCGUUUUCUAUCCGUUCUCAGUUCUGUUCAGCGGUUUCUGUUGAUAUUGUUGAAUCUCGUUUAUUUGGCAAGUUCGUAGUUACAAUAAGAUUUAAAAAAGAAAAAAAAUCAUACAUAUAUUUCCAUAUCUCGGACUACCGGAGAGAUUAACCUGGUCGAGAGAAGCCACUGGCCAAGAAACCGGAGCUUGCCAAUACGGUGAGUACGCUGGCCUCUUGGUGAGUGGCUUCUUCGUCCGUGCCGAGCUGUGAUUGGCUCAGCCUGAUUAGAUUAGUUUAGCUUAGGUUAGAGAUAAUUGUUAAAAAUUCCACUAUUCAUUUCAGCUCUAUGUUUAUUGGUAUUGUUAAUUUACUUGUUUCAUCUGAUCCGAAAUCCAACAUCUUGCACAUUUGGAACCAUUUCUAACCUAACUAAACUAACAGCUCCCUAAAAACAAAAAUUAUGUAAAUCUCGUAGUUCCCAUGUAGGAAUAUCAAACAUCAUUAUUUCACUACGGUGUAAGGUGUAUCUUAUUAGUUCUACGGAAAACUUAAUAGCAGUCCUACGGAAUACGCCUAGCGAUAUUCAAGCAGUUUAUAGGCAUUCACCUAAUUCGGUUUGUCUCGCGAUCGAUGCUCCGAUGGAAAUUCUUCAGUGGAUGUUUUCUAGGGUCAGACAAAAGCAAUUAAAAGUAAAUCAAUAAUUAAUUCGGGUUAGGUAAGAAAUGCAAUCUAAAAGAACGAAAUGUUUAAAUGAUUAGCGUAUCUUAAAAGCUUAAAUGCACACCCAUUAAUCUAAAUUGCUUGAAUGUUGACCUUUCUGAGAAAGAUCUUACAAUUUCCUUCCAUCAAACUGUGUUUUUUUUUUCUUCUUAAUUACCCCCACCGCACCUGGUUUGUCCAUUCCAAAACCGGUAGUCCGGAAAUAUCCCCUGAACCAUUUGACGGCAUGUAGGGAAACAUCUCGACUCUCAUCCACUGACACUGCCAGAUCGUCAAACGAUAAUUGACAGGUUUUCAAAAAAUCAAUUUUACUUGAAUGUUUCGAAUGAUUAAAAAAUAUGUGUGCCGGAACAACACUAUGUAAAAGGCGUUUUUCGCUAAACUGUCCGUGCACCGUGAGCCGAUAAAUGCAUCAUGAAAAUGUUGCGUUGGUGUAGCGCACUAGAACGUAAUACCAGCCACACCAUCCACUCGAAUAAAGCUCCCAAUGAAUAGAUUCAUGCCCCCAAUUCCCGAUGCAACCAACCUGAUCGAUGCAAAAGAAUUAUCAGCCGAUAGCAAAACUUUUGACUUUUAAACUUCGAACUUUGAAUACACUAUAGGGCCUCCAAUCUUUGAAUUCGUUGGCAAUAACGAUUUGGAAUGGCCGUUUUGAUGUAGAGACCCGCGAAUACAUGUUCACCGGUUGCCUGGUACGAAAAUAAAAACCUUCAUUCAUUAUUUAGUCCUACACGAAUACAGUUUCUUUAAAAUGACAUUUCGUCGAGUUGCUGAGCUUGUCACCGGUUUAUUGCUGGUUAAAAACCUCUGUGCGGGAAACUCCAGUCACACCAGCUUGCAGAAUUAAAAAGAUUAACUAUUUAUAGUGCCCUCAUGACUUUCUUCAUCUAAGUAGCCAUCGCAACAUUCAAGCUGAUAUUGUCAACUUCCAUUCCACGAAAGACUGUUUUCUUUAACCAAUUUAUUAUUUAUACCGAAUUUUCUUCCCAAUCCACUGGUUGAUUCAUCAACGUUCAUCGUGUUUGAUUGAGAAAUACACCGUCGAGAUAUACUUCCAA